UUAUAUAAUCAAGAUCGUCCAAUCGCAAUUGCGUUGAGUCUAAGAUCUAACGAAGCCAUCGAGAUUGGCUGUGUUGUUGGAACUUUUAGUUCAAUUGACGAUACUGACCUAGGCAUAGCAAAAGAUACUUUGAACUUCUGA